AUGCCAUCCAACAGAUUAACUUACCGCCGCCGCAACCCUUACAACACACGAUCGAAUAAGGUUCGCGUCACCAAGACACCAGGAGGCUCUUUAAGGUAUCUUCACAUUAAAAAAGCCGGAACCGCCCCUAAAUGUGGUGACUGUGGCACAAAGCUUCCAGGUAUUCCUGCCCUUCGACCUCGGGAAUAUGCUCAAAUCUCUCGUCCCAAGAAGAAGGUUCAGCGUGCGUAUGGAGGGUCAAGAUGUGCAAACUGCGUUAGGGAUCGGAUUGUGAGAGCGUUUUUGAUUGAAGAACAAAAGAUUGUGAAGAAGGUUCUAAAGGAGUCUCAACAAAAAAAGUAA